UUCGGCACGAACGGAGGAUGAUGAGCGCCACCAGCGUGAUUUCGCGACGAGGGCUGCUGCGUGCUGUGCUGUACCAGGAUCACAAUGUGAUUGCUCUGAACAAGUGGCGAAGUUUGUCAGUGCAGGAUGAGUUGCAGAGUGACAACACGCUGCUGAACAACCUGCACUUGCUCCAACUCAAGCACAACGAUGAGCCAAGGCUCUUGCAUCGGCUGGACCAGAACACAACAGGGGUCCUCCUCAUCGGUCGCAAGCCACAGGCAACAGCCGCCAUCUCCACCCUAUUCCAGCACCGUCUUAUUCAGAAGACGUACUUGGCUGUUGUUGUCGCAACGCCAACGAUGGACACCAAUAACCCGUUUCGCAACGCAUCUGGCACAUGGUCAUCACCACACCCAGAUGAAGAUCCCGUGCGCGGCGCUGAGAAGACGGCGUCACGCAUCAGGCGCCAGCUGAAGCGGGCCGGGCUGGGCCAUCCGCCGUACCAACACGGCAUUCUGCAGCACCUGCACGCACACGAACUGCUCAUCCCAUCGUACUUCACAGACGGAACACCCCUGCACAUUGUGGCGCCGCUGCCAUCGCACAUGUCCCUCACCCUCGGCACCCUCUUCAACGCCGCUGACGGCAGUGUGGCAGGCAUUGAUGCGAAUGGGGAAAGUGGCAGAUUUGAGAACGCAGAACACACGUGA